GCGCGCAGGCGCACUGCGAACGCCCGCUGAGCAGGGUCUUGCUGCUGGUUGCGCGGCGGCGGAGAGCGAGGGCCUGGUGAGCACCGGCGCUGGCCGGCUGUUGGAGCUUGUGCGCGGGAGAGGAACGGCGGGCAGGCAAGCGAGCAAGCGGCUCACCCCAGCAUCGGCACCGGGAUCGGUUGCCUUGAGUCUGGUAAUAUCCCCAUUGUGCACAUAAGGAAACCGAGGCUCACAGAAGUUUAGUAUUUUUUCUACGUUGCCGUACUAAGAAGUAAAUUUGAAAAGAGAGCUUCAAGGCUAGCCCUCUUCUCUGGACUUGCUUCUUAAGUCACUUUAAUAAACAGAAACCACCUUGCAAGAAUGCUAAAGGAAGCUUUUUAUCCUGAAAGCAAGUAAUCUCAAGAGAGUAAUUUGAAUCCAUAUGAAGAGUACCAGUGAAGAAAUCAUGACCACCCCAGGAAAAGAGAACUUUCGCCUGAAAAGUUACAAAAAUAAGUCCCUGAAUCCUGAUGAGAUGCGCAGGAGGAGGGAGGAAGAGGGACUGCAGUUACGCAAGCAGAAAAGAGAAGAGCAGUUAUUCAAGCGAAGAAAUGUUGCUACAGCAGAGGAAGAAACAGAAGAAGAAGUUAUGUCAGAUGGAGGCUUCCAUGAGGCUCAGAUUAAUAACAUGGAGAUGGCACCAGGUGGUGUAAUUACUUCUGACAUGAUUGAAAUGAUAUUUUCCAAUAGCCCAGAGCAACAGCUUUCAGCAACACAGAAAUUCAGAAAACUGCUUUCAAAAGAACCUAAUCCUCCUAUUGAUGAAGUCAUCAGCACACCGGGAGUAGUGGCCAGGUUUGUGGAGUUCCUCAAACGAAAAGAGAAUUGUACACUGCAGUUUGAAUCAGCUUGGGUACUGACAAAUAUUGCUUCAGGAAAUUCUCUUCAGACCCGGAUUGUGAUUCAGGCAGGAGCUGUGCCCAUCUUCAUAGAGUUGCUCAGCUCAGAGUUUGAAGAUGUCCAGGAGCAGGCAGUCUGGGCUCUUGGCAACAUUGCUGGAGAUAGUACCAUGUGCAGGGACUAUGUCUUAGACUGCAAUAUUCUUCCCCCUCUUUUGCAGUUAUUUUCAAAGCAAAACCGCCUGACCAUGACGCGGAAUGCAGUAUGGGCUUUGUCUAAUCUCUGUAGAGGGAAAAGUCCACCUCCAGAAUUUGCAAAGGUUUCCCCCUGCCUGAAUGUGCUUUCCUGGUUGCUAUUUGUCAGUGACACUGAUGUACUGGCUGAUGCCUGCUGGGCCCUCUCAUAUCUAUCCGAUGGACCCAAUGAUAAAAUUCAAGCUGUCAUUGAUGCAGGAGUCUGUAGGAGACUUGUGGAGUUGUUGAUGCAUAAUGAUUAUAAAGUGGUUUCUCCUGCUUUGCGGGCUGUGGGAAACAUUGUCACAGGCGAUGAUAUUCAGACCCAGGUAAUUUUGAAUUGCUCAGCUCUGCAGAGUUUAUUGCAUUUGCUGAGUAGCCCAAAGGAAUCUAUCAAAAAGGAAGCAUGUUGGACAAUAUCUAAUAUCACAGCUGGAAAUAGAGCACAGAUCCAGACUGUGAUAGAUGCCAACAUUUUCCCAGCCCUCAUUAGUAUAUUACAAACUGCUGAGUUUCGGACAAGGAAAGAAGCAGCUUGGGCCAUCACAAAUGCAACUUCUGGAGGAUCAGCUGAACAGAUCAAGUACCUCGUAGAACUCGGUUGUAUCAAACCACUUUGUGAUCUCCUCACAGUCAUGGACUCUAAGAUUGUACAGGUUGCCCUAAAUGGUUUGGAAAAUAUCCUGAGGCUUGGAGAACAAGAAGCCAAAAGGAAUGGCACUGGCAUUAACCCUUACUGUGCUUUGAUUGAAGAAGCCUAUGGUCUGGAUAAAAUUGAGUUCUUACAGAGUCAUGAAAACCAGGAGAUCUACCAGAAGGCCUUUGAUCUUAUUGAGCAUUACUUCGGGACCGAGGAUGAGGACAGCAGCAUUGCACCCCAGGUUGACCUUAGCCAGCAGCAGUACAUCUUCCAGCAGUGUGAGGCUCCUAUGGAAGGUUUCCAGCUUUGAAGCAAUACUCUGCUUUCAUGUUCCUGUGUCAGACCAGGCUACCCAGUCAAGUCCUCUUGUGGAGCCCACAGUCCUCAUGGAGCUAACUUCUCAAAUGUUUUCCAUAAUACUGUUUGCGCUCAUUUGCUUGCCUUGCGCAUCUGCUCUCUUACACACAUCUGGAAAACCUCUGGCUCUCUGUGGUGGAAUACCCUUCUAAUAAAAAGGGUAACCAGAACGGCCCACUCUCUUACGGAAAAUCCCUAGGCUUUGGAGAUCUGCACUUAAAUAUUAUAAGAGUCAUGGGAAUAUACACAUAUUAAUGUGGCUCCCUUUCUUUGUGGGGGAAAAAGAGGACUCCUCCUCAUUCCCUUUAAAGUGGGGAAAAACACUGAUAUUAAAAGAUGAGACUAAAUCUUUAUCUUGAAUUUCACACAACUACUUGCAACAAGGGAGAUGUUUAGACCUGUUGUGUACACUUCAGAGUACUUUUCAUGAGUUCUUCCACAGUGAACCCUUGGAUUACCUGGUGGCUUUUCUAGCCAAAUUUGCAUUAAUCCUUACUGAGACUGGAUGGUUUUCUUUCCUCUAUUGGCGCCAUUCUUCACAGAUAUUAAACCAUCCGCUCCCUCACCUUCAGCCUUCAGUGAAUGUGCUUUCUAGUUGUCAGGAAUGCUGAAGAAUUUAACACUUUGACUCUUAAAUGUGAUACUGGUUUGAAGAUUCCCUUAGAGCAGAAAGGAGAGGGCCACAUAUUAAUUUGUAUGGCUAUCGCUUCUCUUUGGACUUAAGUGUCUUAGGAUUUGGAAGUGGUUCAAUUCUAAUGCUGGUAUGAAGAUCUAGAAUCCUUAGUAAUCGAAACAAUAUCCUAUCAUUCAAUAAAAUAAAAAACAAAAAAAAUCCCUCCAGUUUUCCCAAACUCAACCAGUGUGACUAGAGGCUGUGUUUCUGCAUUAAAACAAAUGUUUCAGGCUUUGUGGUCCUGAUGAAGGUCCUCAUUAAAUUGGAAGUUCACCUUAGGUGCUUUUCCUCUCUGUGACUGGCAGAUAACACACAAUUUUUUUUUAAAGGUAACCUAGGGAAAUUUUUUUCUUAGGUGCAGCUUGAUUCUAACGUAUUCAUGCUGCAUUGUAUGAUUCCUUUAAUGCAGCAUCCUUAUCUUAAAUAACCACCUUCUCAACAUGACUUGUUCAACACAAAUAAGGGCAGUGAUCUUUUUUUUUUAAUAACCUCAUUGUUCCCCUAUUCAUUUCAUCUCCUACUAGUACUGCCCAGUCAAGUCCCCCCAUAAAAUAAAAAGUUUUUCUACCUUCUGGCUCAUUUAAUGAUAACUGCAAUGUACCUGCAACUGGCGCUUCCAGUACUGUCUUCAGUGAUCCACAUUUGUGCUUGGACUGGAAUGAAAAAAUAAGCUUAAUUGCCAAGAGAACUGCAACUGAGUUCAAUACGACUUCUUGGUGCUAGAUGGCCAUCUUGACUCAAUGUUUGGACACACUAUCAGGAGAAGAUUUUUUUGUUAUGCUGUUCAAAAUGAAUUCUGAAGGAAAAGUCUCUCACUUCCGUUUCAGAGACUACCCUUUUAAACCUCUUUAAUCUUAUCCUCUUCUAGAAUUCAUUAUAACCCCAAAAUGUAACUAUUUGGAAGUUCCCCUGACAGGCUAUUCUACAUCUCUGGUAAAUCCUGCUGAACAUUAGGGAUAUUCAGAGCUUUCAUACCUCAUCAUGUUGUUAUUUAAGCAGCCAACUUAUGUGACCUGAUUUAAACUUUAAAAAAUCCACUUCAAAGUAGAAAGAUACAAAGACAAAAGGACAUUUAUCAGCCAAGCGUGUGAUGCAUUCUUCACAUCUAGUCUGUAGUUGUGUCUGUGCUCUGGAUGGAUACCGUCUGAUGUCUGUUACUGAUGGAACAGCCACUGCAAAACUAGUCAAUUCCCAUCUAUAAGUUACAUUUUCUAGUGCUGCUUUGUGCUGAAAGGACAUUUUAGUUUACUGCACUUGACCUGUAAAAGACUUUGAUUCUUUGUAAUUUUAGGGACAAAUUAGGUGGUUAAUUUAAAGAAAAACUUUCAAUUUUGCCUUUACAUCACAUUAAAAUAUAACUUCUUUCAGAAGGGUAAUAGAAGCACUGAUUCAUAGUAAAAAUCUUGUUUUUAGCUUUGACUUUUUUUGUGGCUGAGUUUUUUAAACUGUACAUCACUGGUAACAUGUCAUUUCUCUAGGAUGUUUUAAAUCAUAUACCUUCUGUUGGAUAAUUUAAAAAUUCUCAUUUUGAUAUUGGAUGGAAAAAAGAUAAAGCACACAAAAUUGUUUCCCCAGAUUAGUAAGAACAGCAUCCAUUGGGAGUUUUUGCCAUUGCAGGUGUCUUCAGUGAAUGAAUUAAAGCCCAUUUAACUACUGUGGUCUAUUUUCUGUCUAAAAUAGGAAUUUAUCUUGCUCCUGUCCUAGAAGUUCAUGAGCCAUGAGAUACGAGCUAAAUUUUUUUUGCAGUAAAAUGGUUUUUUAAUAUAAAAUUGGAAUUAACUAAAAGGUAAAUCCCAGCAUAACUGUUGGAAUUGGUAAAGUGGCAGCCUUUCUGGUUAUAGAAAUGAGACUUUAGGAGGUAACUAAGAACUAAUUUUAGUUCUCUGCCUGGCAGAUUCUAUUACUUUGAAUUUAUUGAAAUGUUACUAUCAUUAAGAUGUUACUCAUUAUAAAAGCAUGUUAAUUUCAACAUAGGAAAACUCUUCUGGAAUAUUAUAUACUGAUCAGGGGAGAAGUGACUUGGUUAUUCUCCCCUUCCUUUUUUUUCUUCCUCCAAACUUUCAAAGUAUAUUCUUUGAAAUGAAAGGUGGGGGGACAAAAGCGUUGAAAGCAUUUGGAAUAUAAAGGUCCCCUGUAUUUGAAGGACCAGAUUAGAUUGAGAAAAACCGGGAAAGGUUUUAAGAUGAUAGGUAUGAAAAAUAGAUGGAGAGAGUUUUCUAUGGAAUACUUUAAUUCAUGUUCUUGUCACUAAGUAGGACUCUUAACCUUUGUCAGUUGUGCUGUUUUGAAAACUAUUGCCCUAGGAUUCCAUCUGCCAGAUAAAGCUAAAUGGGCUCUGGGUCGUUUUUCAUAUUGUCACAAAUAUAAACAAUGACAAUUACCCCAUAAUAAAUCUUAAUUAUUAUUCAAAA